UAGCUUGUGAGGUUGUCUCCUGCUGGAGGUUCAGAAGGAGGCUGCCUGUCCCCCACUUGGAGGCCCUGAGGGAGGAGCAGCCUCGGUGGAUGGAAGAAAAGACAACUGGUGACAGCUCUGCCAGGCCGCAGUCUGGGGAUGAACCCAGGAUUCCGCACAGUGAGGAUCCCACCUUGCCUAUAGCUACAGCCUACCUGUGCUAGCCACCUCAGUCCCAGAGCUGACCAGCAGAUGGCGGUGAUCCAGGGGCUGCUCCGAAUGGCCCUGCUGACUCUGUUCUGGAGAUCCAAUGUGACAGAGACACAAAAUACUGUCCCACUGCAGACCUUGCAGUGCUACUAUGACUACACCAGCCGCAUCAUCUGCAGCUGGGCAGACACCGAGGACGCCCCAGAGCUCAUCAAUGUGACCCUCUAUCACUGGGUGAAUGGGGACUCGCCACAGCCAGUGUCCUGUGACCUCAGUGAGGACCUGCUCUGGUCUGUGUGCUCACCACUCCACCGUUGUGUGCCCAGAAGAUGUGUUAUUUCCUAUAAGAGCUUUGAGGUCUCUGUUGAACACUUCUCAUUUCAACUGGACCGGUCUUUGCACACCCACCUCAAGGUUCCAUUGGCCCAGCAUGUCCAGCCCCCACCUCCCAAGGACAUCCAAGUCAGCCCCUCUGGGGACCAUGAUGCCGCCAACCUCUAUACUAACGACUCCUGGGCCACCCUGGAGCCACAGCUGCUCCUGCCCAGCAACACCUAUGUGGCCCGUGUGCGCACCCGGCUGUCCCCAGGCUCGAAUUUGUCUGGAAGGCCCAGCCAGUGGAGCCCUGAUGUUCACUGGGACUCCCAGCCAGGGGACCUGGCCCAGCCUCAGAACCUGCAGUGCCUCUUCGAUGGGGCCCAAAUGCUCAACUGCUCCUGGGAGGUGCGGACCCAGCUACAUGGCUCUGUCGUCUUUGGACUCUUCUACAACUCCAGCCCUGAUGCUCAGGAGGAAGAAUGCUCUCCAGUGGAGGAGCAGCAGGCUGGCCUCUUCAUCCGGUAUCACUGUGGGAUAAAUGUGUCCAACGCCAGUGUACACAGCCGGUACACAGUCUCUGUUAAGCCGCGGAAGCAAGGGAAAUUCAUUCCAAGCUCCAACCACAUCCAGCUGCCCCCUCCAACCCUCAACCUGACCAAGGAUGGAGACAGCUAUAGAUUGGACUGGGAUAAUAGGAGAACAACCCACGGAAACAUGUUCCAAGUCCAAUACAGGAGGGACCUGGACACCUGGAAGGACAGCAAGACAGAGGCCCCACAGCAGGCCCACAGCAUGCUGCUGCCAGCACUGAAACCUGCCACCACAUACUGGGCCAGGGUGAGGGUCAUGCCCGCCCUCGGCUACCAUGGGAUCUGGAGCGAGUGGAGCAAGGAGGCCUCCUGGACUACUGAGUGGGUACUGCCCACAUGGGGACUGGCCCUCAUCCUGGUCUUCGUCACCCUGGCCUUGCUCAUGGCCCUCCGUUUUGGCAGUGUCUAUGGGUACAGGAUGAAUAGGAAGUGGAAGGAGAAAAUUCCUAACCCCAGGAAAUGUAUCUCAUUACAGGACACAAUUGGAGGACUCUGGCCUCCUGGCAGCAUGGCAGCCUUCUCCAGGGGUAACUGUAUUCCCCAGGGGCUGCAGGGCUGCAUCUUCACUGUGCAGGAGGGGGUGUCGUUUGUACAUUUGGAGGAUAGUGAGGUGUCACCUCUCACCAUCGAGGACCCUAAUAUGGUCCAAGAUCCAGCAUCUGGGCCUGGCAUGACCCCAGCCAUCUCAUCAGAACCCAUGGAGCAGCCCCCUGACCCCCAGCUAGACCCACUAAUCCCUUCAAGCAGGCUGGAAAACCAGAUCCCCAGCUUUUAUUUCAAUGGCCCCUACCUGGGGCCUUCCCACAACCACUCUUUGCUUGGCCUCAAGGGCCAGUCAGUGACCCCAGAGACAAGUGGGAGCCUGAAGCCAGCACUGCCAGGUUCCCUGGUAUACCUGUGUCUGCCCCCUGGGGGACAGGCGCAGCUGGUCCCAAUGGCCCAGGUGAUGGAGCAGGGCCAGGCUAUGAAUGUGGAGUGUGGGCCUAGCCUGGGGCCUGAGAGGAACCUCCCCAUGGAAGCUGGGGACAUCCCUGUCCCUCCUGAUUCUGGGCCAAAGGUGAGGAGACAUGACCUGGAGGAGAACUCAGUGGCUCUGCCCAUGAGUUCUGGGAGCCCUGAGGACCCUAUGGUGGCCUCUGGUUAUAUUACCCCUGCAGACUUGAUCACCAUGCCUACAGGGACAGCUCCAUCUGUCUCUCUGUCCCCCUCUCUGGGGUUGCCCCCAGCCCCAAAUCCCAGCCUCUGUCCCAGGCUGCCUGAAGGGCUCCUUGGAUCCUCAACCUCCAGGCUGCCAUGUUUUGAGGGCUAUAUGGAGCUCCCUCCAAACAUGAGCCUGUUUCCAGAGUCCUCUCUGGGCAGUCUUGCCCCUCCUGUGCCCAGCAGCCCUGUCGUGAGUCUAGGAGCACCCCGGGAGAAGGUGGCCCCAGUAUCCCCUCACCCCGAGGGCCUCCUUGUCCUGCAGCAGGUGGGAGACUACUGCCUGCCCCCCAGCACUGGAGUCUGGCCACUCCCUCCACAAGCCAAGCCCUCCUCUCCAGGAUGGGGGCAGAGCUCAGACUAAUACAUUCUGCACCCAGAUGCCCUUGCCUGGGCACACAUUAUGGCCAGGUGGACUGCUCCUCUUCAAAGCGAUAAAGACAAUGUGAGAUCUUCAUGGCCCUGUGAUGUGACAGCAAGCUGCCACCCCACCUCUGCUGAGACUCUGGCAUCUAUCUGCCUGACCUCCCUGUCCCAUCUGCCUGUCUCUUCCCCGGAUUUUCCAUGUGCUUAGAGGAAGGCCGUGAAGCACGGGGUGAAAAAAGAGGCUUCCACACCUCACAUGCCUCAGAACUGAACUAAGAUUUGGUGAAGAGGUUGCUGGUUCCGUGAACUGCGGUGGGAUGGGAGGUGCAUUUUCCCCUUACUUGUCAAUGCUGAUAACAUUGGUCCGGAGGUUGUACUUUUGGAAUCCCUGUUUCUGUUCUGAGAAGAUGAAAGAACAGAGAAGGCUCAACGGGUAGAGAAAUGAACCAGUGCAGAGUGGAAUUUGAGCGUGAGACGGCUUUGUAGCGGUGGGCACGUGUCAUUCUGCGUUUACUCAAGCACACAACAUCAGCGCGUAGCCCAAGUCCAACUCAAGACUGCAGGUGGCGAUCCUGUGUCGAUGUGUUUGCCAAAUGUGCCACUGUUGCCAUGCCUGCCGGUUUAUGCCCCCACCCCCCAGAGAGAGUGUUGAGAUGUUAACACCUGUGGUGGCAUCAGGAAGUAAAGCCUUUGUAAAUAA